GGGACAUAUCUCAGUUUGUGGCAGGCACGAGAUCAUCCUCUAGCUAUUGUAUUACUCUGAUUUAUUUGUCUUGGACAUCUGUUCGCUGAAUACAUUUCAUCCUCAUAAUUGGAACUCCUCCUCGACUACUCUUGACUGAGCGGGAGACUUGGCAGCUCAACCAUCUCUCGCACCAAUGGAUUUACGUACAUGGAUCUGGAGUAUCCUAAAACUGGUAGUGUUAGCGGCUAUUGUUGAAGAUUCCCACUCCAAAGUUACCUGGGAAGUUCAACGGCACGACGGUUGGUAUAACAAUGUGGCAUAUCACAGUCGAGGAGCUGUUGGUUCUCAUCUUGUGCGUCUCCUGCCCGCGCGCUAUUCUGACGGCGUUUAUCAGCCUGUUAAACAGUUGCCCAAUGCACGCAGUCUGAGCAAUGUGAUCUCGAACGGUCCAUCAAGCCUACCGUCAAAACACAACCGAACUGUCCUCUCCGUGUUUUUUGGCUACCAUGUUUUGUUUGAAGUCCUUGACUCAAGACAACCUGGCUGCCCGCCUGAGUUUAUGAACAUCCCAGUUCCAAAAGGAGAUAGUGUCUUUGAUCCUACCGGCACUGGUGAAGUUAAUCUCCCAUUCCAGCGAGGUGUCUGGGACAAAGACUCCAGCCAGAGUCCUAACAACCCCCGCACACAGGUGAACCUAGUGACAGCAUGGAUAGAUGGCAGCUCCAUCUACGGACCGUCCAGUUCGUGGUCAGACACCUUGAGGACGUUCAAAGGUGGCCUGUUAGUGUCUGGGUCUGAGGGCAACAUGCCCAAACGGGGUGGGCCGCAUCUCCUCAUGUGGAGUGCUGCAGACCCUUCAACAGGAGAACACGACCCACACGGGCUCUAUGAGUUGGGAAAUGCCUGGGCCAACGAGAAUCUGUUCACAGUGGCCGAGGGGAUUAUCUGGUUUCGCUUCCACAAUCACCUGGCUUCCAAACUGUAUGAGGACAACCCUGAGUGGUCAGAUGAAGACCUGUUUCAAAAUGCCAGAAAAACUGUUGUGGCAACGUUCCAGAAUAUUGCCCUUUAUGAAUGGCUACCUGGAUACCUGGGAAACAAGACACUACCUUCAUAUCCAGGCUACCAGAAGUUUGUAGACCCGGGAAUCUCCCCUGAGUUCCAGGCUGCUGCCAGCUUUGCCUCCACUAUGGUGCCCCCUGGUGUCUACAUGAGAAACAGAACCUGCCACUUUCGCGAAUUCAACGACGACGGGAUAACAUCCCCAGCUCUGCGUAUGUGCAACAGUUUUUGGAAGCGUCAGAGCCCCAACUUGGAGUCGGGCCAGGACGUGGAUGACCUCAUCAUGGGCAUGGCAUCCCAGAUUGCAGAGAGAGAAGACAACAUCAUUGUGGAGGACUUAAGGGACUACAUGUAUGGCCCUCUGAGGUUCUCACGCUCAGACCUAGUGGCUCUGACCGUCCAGAGAGGCAGAGACCAUGGCCUCCCGACUUACACCCAGGUCAGAGAGGCCUUGGGCCUUGAUCCGGUGCUGGCCUGGGCAGACAUUAACCCAGAGCUCAACAGAACACAUCCUCAGUUGUUCAAAGAUCUGGCAGACCUUUAUGGGGAGGACAUUUCUAAACUAGAGUUGUUCCCCGGCGGUCUCCUGGAGUCUGUUGAUGGUCCAGGUCAAGUUUUCACCUCCAUCAUCUUGGACCAGUUUGAGAGAAUCAGAAAUGGUGAUCGAUUCUGGUUCGAGAACAGGCAGAAUGGCUUGUUCAAUGAUACGGCUAUCCAGGACAUUCGGAAGACCAAAUUUCAUGAUGUCCUAUCAGUCACCAUCGCAGAAUUUGGGGGCGUGCAGGAGAAUGUGUUCUUCUGGAAGGAUGGUAACCCCUGUCCCCAACCAGCACAAGUCAAUGCCUCUAUCCUCCACCCCUGCAUCAAUGUUACCACGCUCAACUACUUUGAUGGACACAAAGUGGGCUUUGGUGUCACCAUUGUUGCAUUAUUUCUUUUCCCUGUUGUGAGCUUUCUAAUGGCUAAUGCAGUGGCCGGUUUCCGCAAUAACAAAUUUAAGAAGUUCCAGAGGAGAGGCAGGGCUGCUGACAGCGCUGAGGAGCCCGCUGUAGGACUCACGGCGUGUGAGUGGCAGGGACCAAAGAUGCCUCUGCGCCCAGUUAGUGUGCACGUGGACGACAGGAAGAGGCUGCAGAUGUUUGACGGCGACGGGCCUGCCCUUCGCUGUCUCAGUCUUGGAGCACAGACCAGCCUGGACGUCCUUCUGGCCAACGAUCGAUCCUGCAGGGCUCUGCUCCUCAAAGUCCCCAAGGAAUACGAUCUGGUGUUGUUUUUUGACGAUGAGUUCAAGCGGGCAGAGUUUGUUAAUCACCUGCGCUCUGAGGGGACUAACAGUGACAGACAGAUGACAGUGACAGAGACAAGUGAGAAGGAGCUUCUCAGAGAGGCCGUAACCAAAGAGCAGAGAGCUCAAAUAGUGGAGACCUUCAUCCGACAUGCCUUUGCCAAGGUCCUGGAGAUUGACAGGUGUGAUGCUGGUGAUGUGAGAGGGACGUCCAGUAGAAAGACCAGGGAGGCCCUGCAGUGCGAACUGGCAGGAACUGAGUUUGCAGACACCCUCGGACUCAAACACGAUUCACUCUUUGUGGACUCCAUGUUCACGCUGGCCGACAAAGAUGGCAAUGGCUACCUUUCUUUCCAAGAGUUCUUCGAUGUCAUUGUCAUAUUCAUGAAAGGUUCCCCAGAGGAAAAAUCCAAACUGAUGUUCUCAAUGCAUGACAUUGACGGCAACGGCUUCUUGUCUAAAGAGGCAUUUUCCAGACUACUCAGGUCCUUCAUCGAGAUAUCAAGCGGUGCCCUUAGCAAGAGCCAGGCAGAGGAAGCUAUCAAGGCCAUGCUGGAGGCUGCAGGCUUCAACAAUAAGGAGCGCAUCACCUGGGAAGACUUUCACUUCCUGCUGAGGGACCACGAGAAAGAGCUGCAGUUUGCUCAGCUCAACAUCAAAGGUAUGGAGAUGCAGAAGAAGAAAAAGAUGAGUCGGGACCAGCGGGUGUCCUUUAUCGUCCCUGCGAAAGCCAGUCCAUCUGAAGGGGAUCAGCAGUUGGGAGACAGCAGCAUGGAGAAAGAGGGAUCGGAGCUUCGCAAACGACAUGGGAAAAUGCCAAGCAACCAUCACCCGAAGGUCUAUGUUAAACCCAAGAGGGACAAAUACAACAGGAAUCCAAUUCAAAAUAAAAUCCAGCAGUUCAAGCGUUUUGUUGAGAACUACCGUCGCCAUAUUGUUUGCUCCACUAUCGUCUAUGGCAUCACUGCUGGGCUGGCUCUGGAGAGAUGCUAUUACUAUGGUUUUCAGGCCAACUCGUCCGGGUUCCCAGAGACCUCGGUGGUGGGCAUCAUCGUGUCCCGAGGUUCUGCCGCCGCCAUCUCCUUCCUCUUCCCCUACAUGCUGCUGACUGUGUGCAGGAACCUCAUCACCAUGUUCCGAGAGACUUUCCUCAACCGUUACAUCCCCUUCGACGCCGCCAUCGAUUUCCACCGCUUCAUGGCCAUGGCGGCCAUCGUCCUCACGGUUGCUCACAGUCUGGGUCAUGUGGUCAAUGUCUACAUCUUCUCUAUCAGUGAACUCAGCAUCUUGGCCUGUCUUUUCCCCAAGAUCCUGUCUAACAACGGGUCUGAACUUCCUAUGCCGUGGACAUGGUGGUUCUUUCAGACUGUCCCAGGCCUCACAGGCAUUCUGCUUCUCUUCAUCUUUGCCUUCAUGUACGUGUUCGCCUCCUUCUACUUCCGACGAAUCAGCUUCCAGGGAUUCUGGCUUACACACAACCUCUACGUGCUUGUGUACAUUCUGACGGUCAUCCAUGGCAGCUUUGCCCUCCUCCAGGAGCCCCGCUUCCACAUCUUCCUGAUCCCCCCAGCCCUGCUCUUCCUGCUAGACAAGCUCAUCAGUCUGAACAGGAAGAAGGUGGAGAUCCCUGUAGUGAAGGCUGAGCUGCUGCCUUCAGGAGUGACGUACCUGGAGUUCAAGCGUCCGCAGGGUUUUGUGUACCGCUCAGGCCAGUGGGUCCGUGUAGCCUGCCUGGCUCUGGCCACAGACGAGUACCACCCGUUCACUCUGACUUCAGCCCCACACGAGAAAACCCUCAGCCUGCACAUUCGCGCUGUGGGGCCCUGGACGAGUCAACUCAGAGAGCUCUACACUCCAGAGAGCCUUGCAGAGCUGGGCACCUAUCCUAAGCUGUACCUGGACGGGCCGUUUGGAGAAGGGCACCAGGAGUGGACAGACUUUGAGGUGUCUGUUCUGGUCGGGGGGGGAAUCGGAGUCACUCCGUUUGCCUCCAUCCUAAAGGACCUUGUGUCCUCAAACAAGUCUAAGAUUCAGUGUAAAAAGGUCUACUUCAUCUGGGUCACACGAACACAGCGCCAGUUUGAGUGGGUGUCUGACAUCAUCAAGGAAGUAGAGGAGAAGGACACUCAGGACCUUGUGUCAGUCCACACCUACAUCACACAGCUGCCUGAGAAGUUCGACCUUCGCACCACCAUGCUGUAUGUGUGCGAACGUCACUUCCAGAAAGUGCGGAACCAGAGCCUGUUCACCGGCCUGCGGUCUGUCACCCACUUCGGUCGUCCCCCAUUCGUGCCCUUCUUCAACUCGCUACAGGAAGUUCAUCCUGAGGUGGUUAAAAUCGGUGUGUUCAGCUGUGGACCUCCUGGACUCACCAAGAACGUGGAGAAGGCUUGCCAGCAGAUGAACAAGAGAGACCAGGCCCACUUCAUCCAUCAUUAUGAGAACUUCUAGCCUGCCUUCACUGUCAAACAGUCCCUUUUUUUCAGAUGUGCCAGAUUUUUUCUAUUUUUAUAAAUGGGCCAGAAUAUUAUACGUAUAGUAAUCAUAGUAUGUGGUAUAUGCGGAUUUAUUCAAUUUAAAAUAAAAUUGUGAUAUACAGUAUCUGUUUAUGUAAUGCAUUGUCAUCUAUAAUUAU